AUGGAGAAGUUUGACGCAACGGCGGUCCAUACGGAGGUUGUUGAGCAGCUGAAAGAGCAGGCUCUAGGGACCGUUAGGCUGUACGAUGAGAACAAUACUUUGAGGCUCAUUCCCGUGCCAACUGAUGAUCCGAAUGAUCCCCUUAACCUCCCCAUGUGGAGGAAACAUAUGAUCCUCGCCACUAUGAUUCUUUGGCAGCUCGGCGGAAUGUCAAUGCCGGACCUUCCCCCCGGAAUCGACCUCACCAAGCCUCCGCCAGGCGGCUACAAAUCAAUCGCGACCAUUUCUCUUCUUGGCUCGCUUCCCUCCCUCUUCAUGGGCAUGUCCAACUUUAUCACCGUCCCCCUUUGCCUGGCAAUUGGACGCCGCGCAAUCCUGUGCAUCCUGAUGACUCUCACCACUGCGUGCAUGAUCUGGGCUGCGCUCUCGAAGAACUUUGAUCAUCAUCUGGCCGCGCGAUGCGUCAUGGGAAUUGGUGCGGGAAGUUUCGAGUCGUUGAGUCCAUUGGUGCUGCAUGACGUUUAUUUCGUUCAUCAGAGAGGCAACGCGAUCGGGGCUAUGUGGACUUUCUCUGCGGCUAUCAGUUACCUAUUUGGAGUUAUGUCUUCGAAGAUCGUCAACAUGGUCGGCUGGAGGUGGCUUUAUGGAAUCUUUGGCAUCCUCUCUGCACUCGGAACUGUUAUGAUGAUCUUCUUCGUCCCGGAGACACGAUAUGUUCGUGCCAUCCAGCAAAUCGAUGGCGAACUCAUCGAUACCGAUGCGUACGGAAACAUCCGCGUCAUCGGCAAAGUCACCGACACCAACAGCACAACCAACAUGGUAGCGCGAUCCCCCUCUCUUGGGUCGGACAGCGGGUACAAACCACGCAGCUGGGCAAAUGACAUGAAGUUUUCCCACGGCAACGUCAACUGGGCCAACUGCUGGACCUGCUACCGACAUAUGCUCAAAGCCGCUUUUCUUCCCAAUAUCGCCUGGGUGGUGAUCUUGAACUCGAUCUGUAUCGCGAUAUCGAUCAGUUCUUUAAUGACUUAUGCACAGCCCCUUAUGGUAUGGGAGAAGGGUGGGCCGUGGACUGUAGAUAAUCUGGGGCUGUCGACCUUGGCGAUGCUACCCGCCUGCUUUUUAUCGUUCUUUCUAUCCGGCUGGGGUAUGGAUUGGAUCUCGAAGCAUAUGGCAAAGAAAAAUGGCGGUAUCCACGAGCCCGAGUCUCGUCUCCCCUCCCUGAUCCUCCCUUCAAUCUUCACCGUUAUCGGCAGUGUCAUAUACGGAGUGUCCAGCGCCCACACCGACCAGUACCAUUGGGCGAUCUCCCUACUUGGUGCAUUUUUCCUCAAUUUCGGGUUUCUCUCACUGAACACCUCCCUCUCGGUCUACGCAGUUGAAUGCUACCCUCGCUGGGCAGGUCCUCUUCUCGUAAUGGUCUGCGCCCUCCGCAACGUCGUCGGUUUUGCCAUGAACUUUAAAAUUGUCGAUUUCAUCAAUGCGUGCGGAUACGACGGCGCGUUUGGAAUCUACGCUGGUAUAUUUGGUGGUUUUGCGCUUAUCGGUAUACCUAUUUAUGUUUGGGGCAAAAGGUUGAGGGAGUGGUCCGCUGGGUGGGCUGGGUUGGCGUAG